AAAAAAAAAACCUGAUGCUGAACUUCCGGGUUUACGGUCCUCUGUCAGAUCAGUGUUCCCCACUCAGUUCGUCUUUCACCGACUCUUUUUCAAACAGUUGUUUUCUUCUUCUAAGUGUUUGAUAAAAGAAACAUUUUGGGUCAAAAGGAGCCGCUAAAAGAACCCGUCCGGUCCGGACUUCGUGACACCAGGAAACAUGUCCGCCUCCGCUGGUUGCUCUCCGUCAGGACGCAGCCCAGGCCUCGGCCCGGCUGUGUCCAUGUUCCGGUGGUUGGAGGUUCUGGAAAAGGAGUUCGACAAGGCGUUUGUGGAUGUAGACCUGCUGCUCGGAGAGAUCGACCCGGACCAGGUGGACAUUACCUACGAGGGCCGGCAGAAGAUGACCAGCCUGAGCUCCUGCUUCGCCCAGCUCUGUCACAAGAGCCAGACGGUGUUCCAGCUCAACCACAAGCUGGAGGCGCAGAUGGUGGACCUCCAUUCAGAGUUAACUGAGGUUAAAGCCGAGAAGACCGUGGUAGAAAAGGAGGUCCAUGACCUGCUUCUGCAGCUUCAUGCUCUUCAGCUGCAGCUCCGGGUCCAACAAGGCCAAGCCGAGGACUCUGACAGCAUCAAAGAAAAACUGCCUGCAGCUACAUUAGAAAAAAUGGAGCAGGAGCUGGAGGCCAGCAGGAAGGAGAAGCUAACCGAGGCCAGGCUGGAGGCUGAAGUUCGGCUGUUUAAGAAGGAGAAUGAAGCCCUGCGCAGACACAUCGCAGUCCUGCAGGCCGAGGUGUACGGAGCCCGACUGGCAGCCAAGUACCUGGACAAGGAGCUGGCGGGCAGAGUCCAGCAGAUCCAGUUACUGGGUCGGGACAUGAAAGGACCGGCCCAUGACAAGUUGUGGAACCAGCUGGAGGCCGAGAUUCACCUUCAUCGCCACAAGACGGUGAUCCGUGCGUGCAGAGGCCGCAGCGAUCCGAAGAAACCCCUUCCUUCUCCUGCGGGUCAUGACCCAGACAUGCUGAAGAAGAGCCAGGGGGUGGGCCCCAUCAGGAAGGUGGUUCUGAUGAAAGAGGACCAUGAAGGCCUGGGAAUCUCCAUCACAGGGGGGAAGGAGCACGGAGUCCCCAUCCUGAUCUCUGAGAUCCAUCCCAGUCAGCCUGCAGACAGGUGUGGAGGUCUGCAUGUGGGAGAUGCCAUUCUGGCUGUCAACAGUAUCAACCUGAGAGAUGCUAAACACAAAGAGGCUGUCACCAUCCUGUCCCAGCAGCGAGGACAGAUAGAGUUUGAGGUGGUGUAUGUGGCUCCAGAAGUGGACAGUGAUGAUGAGAACGUGGAGUAUGAGGACGACACUGGUCAUCGGUACCGACUCUACCUGGAUGAACUGGAGGACAGCAGUGGUGCCGCGCCCCCCAACAACAGCUCCGCCUCCCUGCAGGCUCUGGAGAAGAUGACCUUGAGAAACGGAGCAGAAAAUGGAAACCCUGGGAUCUCCGUAGAAACCAGUCCAGAGGAGACUCCUUCAAAUUGCUCAUCAUAGCUCCAUGCUGAGCUGUGAAGGACACAAACUGAACCGGGUCUGGAGUGGGGGGUGGCUUCUCCAAGUUCUCAGUCUGUGGGAUUGGACUCGUCAGCUGACAGUGGUUCUGGUCUGGAGGACAGAUGUCAGCCAGCUGUUGUGAAAAAUGAACUGCUCUUUCUUUAUUUAAUCAAACCUUUCAGGGGGCACUUCUACUUCUGAAGGUUCUACUUUAUUAUUUCUUCUCACGUCUUAAAAUAAUCAGUGGAGUUGGGUUCUGCCCACGUUGAGGCUCCUUUACCAUAAUCUUCAUGUCCGUGCAGUCUUUAAACGGAAAACAUUUACUGACAUUGUUCUUAACUCUUACUUUGUAUUUUCUACUAAACACCCUCAGAUCUCUGCUCUGAUGUCAUUUCCUGUGUUUACCUGUU